AUGAAACACAAUAUUUUAUCAGGGACUACAAAUCUUCACCCAGCUCUCGCAUUUCAUCAGGAAGUACUUAGCAUUUCGAAGUGGAUUGCCAUUCGGGAUGAGUUUAUGGAGGUACUAAGUAAUCCAUACAAUCGAAUUACAUGGAACGAAAAGGAUAAGCUAUGGCGCCAUAGUCGAGAAGCACUAGGAAAAUGGGUUUUGUCGCAGGUAGCACGUUGUAAGGUUAAUGAUGUGCCUGGUGGAUUUUUUUCUUUUAUCGUUAAACCAGUAUCCAAUCCGAAUGGUAAAGAAGACUUUGAUAAAUUUAUACUCAAGCUUCCUUCAGAGCUAUAUAACGAACAGCUAAUCCGUGAUUUAUCUUUGAAGAGCGAUGGAGCACACAAGCCUGUUGUAAUUGGGAGGAUAAAGGAUCUUCUAAAUGAUUUUGACCUAUAUGGGCGCUGUUUUUCAGCCUACAAGUCUGUACAGGAGCAAUUAGUAGGACUUAAUUCCAGUACUUCUGAUAUCUAUGCUCCAGAUCUCCGAAAAGUGAGCGAAGACAACAAUUCUCGAAGUAACUAUCAAAAGCGCAUCCAAGGUUUGGUAGCGCAAAUAACUGCUGUGCGGCCACGGGGUUCGCAGAUGCGGAAAGAAUAUCCCCCCUGCCCAUCCGCGUCGAUCCCGUGGGUCGUGUGGGAUAAACUUUUUCGCAGCUAUGAAGUCUUCGGACCUGCUUUUGAUGGACACUACUUUGCGUCUUUUUCGCGAGAUCAGUGCUUUACCUACCGUGCCGCCACUGCUGCGCUGCGCUACGAAGUUGGGCUCUUCACGGGCUCACUGCAGCUCUGCGCCGACGUCGCCCUUAAGCGACAUCUCGAUUUCCGAGGCUACCAUGUAAUAGAUCUCUGCUCAUCCCCCAUUAAUGCUUAUAUGGACUUCCCUCAGAUGGGGUCGUUCAGGCCGAAGGUGGAUUCGUCAUCCGGGGCUCCAGCACCCAGAUUGACCCAAGAAGGGUGCCUCAAUCAUGAUAAAAAGGUUAUCGUGCCGAAUCGCUUCUGCUCGGCCUUUUAUGAUACGGAUUCGUACUUUGGAAGCAUCGGGAAUGCGCUCAAUGUGGAUUCUGCUUCCUUGUACGAUUUGUGUUCGGAAGUGAACCUGCCCCAAAGGCCUCUACUCCUGACGUUGGAUGUACCAUACGAUGAAGAUAUCUGUGAGCUACUCUUUCAAAAGCUAGCUAAAGAUAUUCAGAAUAUAGCGGCGGCGAAGGAAAUCAAAUUAUCGGUAGACUAUUUGUUGGUAAUCCCACUUUGGUGGGAUGUGCCUAUGUUGAUUAAGAAGCACAUCUUCAUGGACGAUGCUUCGGAAUUGCCAAAGGAGCGCGGGGAGGUAACCUCCGAUAAGGAAAAAUUCCUUGCAAACAUUAUAGCAGAGCAUUCCGCAGUGCUCAACCAGGGGUACCGGGUUACGCAAAACUGGACAGAAACCCUUGGAGCCGCCACGCGUGGAGUUUCCCAAACUUCUAACCAAAGCACCGACGACUCAUGGGUUGUAUUUGACGGCGUUUUUUUUGGAAAAUCCUAUCCGUACUUCUGCGCUUCCACCAACCGCCCGUUGCGUGGGGUAACCAUGACUGAGGUGAUUGGGCUGAGGCAACCCCGUUCUUCCGAUAAGGGAGGUUUGUUGCUAAAGGAGGUGCUGCAUGAGUUCUAUGACAUUUAA